GACAAGUCUCCAGUCGUCUCCUUGAACAACCUGAUAGUCAGAGAAGUAGCCAAUCAGGAGCGAGGGAUGUACCUGAUCAGUGACUCCACACCUCCAGAGAUGUAUGAGCUGUUUGCUACAUCCAAAGAAGACCGCAAGACCUGGAUGAUCCGCAUCCAGCAGACCGCUCUCAGCUGUCCCUCCAGGGACAAGUUUCCACUUAUUGAAACUGAAGACAAAGCUUUAGUACGCCGGCUCAGAGCUGACAUCCAGCAGAAGGACAGGGAGGUAUUGGAACUCCUGCAGGAGCGCGUCACCCUGUUUUCAGACCUGGUGCAGGCGGCAGCUCGAGGAGAAACAGAAGAGGAGCGAGGUGUGGAGGUUAAGACCUCCACCUGCAGAAACUUGUUUCGGGCUGACACUCCUCAUGCCCCCAAAGCUGAGCCACUCCUCCUAGCUGCCAUGAGUGAAGUCGACAGACUGGCUGUCCUGCUGUCCCAGUCCAGCUCCCUGAGGUCCUCCAUGAGCAACGGCAACCAGGAGAUUCGCAAUGGUGACUCUGGGUCUCUGAACGGUUCUGUUAAACUCAACAACAGCUCUUCGAAGGACACAAAUGGUAACCAGCUGCAGGAACAAAGCCUGAACGAGGAAAUCCAUCAGCGACUGGUCAAUGUGAGCACGCAGCUUCAUGCCUUGCAGAGAGUCUGCCGAGGUCCUCUUUUGCGUCGCCAUGGUGUCCAGGAGUGCAUCCUGCUGGUGACCCAGCGAAUAACAAAGUAUCCUGUCCUUAUCCAGCGAAUUCUUGACAACACCAAAGGUUGUGAAGAUGAGAUCCUGGCUCUGAAGAAGGCCUUAAUUCUUCUAAAAGAAUUGAUUAGCUCAGUGGACCAAGAGGUUCUGGAACUGGACCGAACAAGGAGGCUGCAAGAAAUCCAGGCUCGUUUGGACCCUCGGGCUCAAGCUGAGGUCCAGGGAGGAGGAAUGUUCAAAGGAGGAGAACUGCUGAGGAGGAAACUUCUCCAUGAGGGAACCCUCCUCUGGAAGGUCCAGGGAUCCAGAAUGAAAGAUGUGCAGGUGUUGCUGAUGUCAGACAUAUUGGUUUUUCUUCAGGAAAAAGAUCAAAAGUUCACCUUUGUUUCACAU